AUGGCCUCACCCCAAGUCCCCCGGAAAGCCUCGGGGGACACCAGGAAAGGUUCUGGAGAGACCUGGACGGGUUCAGGAGAGACUAGGAAGGGUUCUAAAGAUAGCAGAAAAUUUACUGAUGACAUGACGAAUGACACAGGAGAGGUCCAGAACAGCCCUGACCAGGCCGGGACGGGUUCUGCUGAUGUCAAGAAGAAGAAAAAGAAGAAGAAGAAGCUGAAGAGGAGUGUUAAACUGAAGGAGUCUCUUGAGCCCAAGAAGUUGGAUUUUGUCGAGGACAGUUGGCGGAAGGGGUCUCUUGAGUACAAGAAGUUGGAUUUUGACGAUGACAGUUGGCGUAAGGGAUUUUCCUCCGAUAACAAGAGGGGUUCGGUCGAUAGCAGGAAAUUUUCCGCCGAUAGCAAGAGGAGUUCGGUCGAUAGCAGGGGGUUUUCCGCUGAUAGUAAGAGGGGUUCGGUCGAUAGCAGGAAAUUUUCCGCUGAUAGCAAGAGGGGUUCGGUCGAUAGCAGGAGAUUUUCCGCUGAUAGCAAGAGGGGUUCGGUUGAUAGCAGGUGGUUUUCCUCUGAUAGCAAGAGGGGUUCUGCCGAUAGCAGGAAGAGCUCUGGUGCAAUGAAUGAAAUACUGGAUUACAAUGAGGACAGAGAACUUUAUUCCGCCAAUCUUGCCAGGGUGCGACAGAGAAGGACGCUGCCAUGGAUCACUCUGAUGAGAGCAUUGGGUCGUUUCAAGCUGUCCCUCCCAGAUAUCCGUCGGUAUUAUAAUCUGUCCUCUCGUGACCCCCUGGCCUUGGACAAGGAUCAUAAGCCACGUGACAAGCACCGCAAGUCAACAGUGAGGAAGUUCUGGGGCAACCAGCAGCCUCUCUCUAAGAUCCCGUAUAAAAUUCUGAUCGGGCAUGACCACAUCGUGAGUUCCUGCCACUUUUGUAUGAACGACACAAGGUUCCUCAGUAGCUCCUAUGACUGCACAGUGAAGCUGUGGGAUGCUGAAGACGGAACUGUGAUUUGGGACUUUGAGCCACGACCUAAAGCUCCUGUUCUAGAGUGCAGUAUCACAGCUGACAACAGAAGGUUGGUGGCAUCAUCUUACGAUAAAACGGUGAGGGCUUGGGACGUUGAGACGGGUCAGCUUCUGUGGAAAGUCAGGCACGAUACCUUCGUAGUGUGCUGUAAAUUCUCUCCCAACGGAAAGUACGUGCUCUCAGCCUUGGAUGUGGACCGCGGGAUCUACCUAAUGGAUCCAGAUAACAUCACCACUGUGAUCCAUAUGAAAGAUCAUCACCAAAGGUCCAUCACUUCAUGCUGCUUUGACCCUGACAGCCAGAAGGUGGCUUCUGUCUCCAUGGACAGGUGUAUCAAGAUCUGGGACAUCACAUCCCGAGCUACGCUGUUUACUAUACCCAAGGCGCAUUCCAAUGCCAUCUCAGACUGCUGCUUCACCUUCAGUGGCCACUUCUUGUGCACCAGCUCCUGGGAUAAAAACAUAAAAAUCUGGAAUGUCCACACGGGGGAGUUUCGAAACCGCGGAGCCUGUGUGACUCUGAUGAAGGGCCACGAGGGCUGUGUGAGUUCCUGCUGCAUUGCCAGAGACAGCUCUUUUCUCAUUUCUGGUGGAUUUGACAAGACUGUGGCUAUUUGGGAUGUAGGAGGUGGUUACCGGAAGUUGGCAUUGAAGGGCCAUGAGGACUGGGUGAUGGAUGUUGCUAUUAGCAACAACAAGAAAUGGAUCCUCUCGGCUUCAAAGGACAGCUCCAUGAGACUAUGGAAUAUUGAAGAAAUUGACAAAAUCCCUUUGGUUACUGAGAACAAAAAGGCCAUGGGCUUAAAGGUCAGGCAGUGCAGGAAUUGUGACCAGCUUUUCUCCACCUCAGAAAGUGACCUUCAUUCUCAACUAUCCAGCAUGUGUCUGUUCUGCCGGAGAGAGGAGAAAAAAACAGCAUCCAGUUCUCUGUCCCCGUCAACGUCACUGGAGAGGAGUGACAGCUGA